CAAACUCACAAAACAGUUAACCACCACUUCAAUCCAAUUCUCUUCAUCCUUCAAUCCACAACAAUUCCACCGAAACACAACCGUAACAAGCAAACCUCCAUAACCACCGCCACACCUCACCAACAGAAUCCAUCAACGCGGAACGGAAGUGCGCGAAGAACGAAUCAGCAACUAGUGAUUCCUUUCUCGGAGCUGGAGAGGCUGAACCGGAUCGGAAGCGGUAGCGGAGGAACGGUUCACAAAGUAGUUCACAGAAUCAACGGCCGCGCUUACGCUUUGAAGGUGACUUACGGUCAUCACGAGGAAUCUGUCCGUCCUCACAUCGUUCAUAGAGACAUCAAACCAUCGAAUCCGUUGAUCAACUCGCGGAAACAGGGUAAGAUCGCUGACUUCGGUGUUGGUAGAAUUCUGAAUCAAACGAUGGAUCCGUGUAAUUCAUCGGUAGGAACGCUUGCUUGCAUGUCACCGGAGAGGGUAAACACCGAUAUCAACGACGGACAAUACGAUGCUUACGCCGGUGACAUAUGGAGUUUCGGUGUGAGUAUAUUGGAGUUUUACAGGGGAAGAUUUCCGUUUGCGGUUGGUAGACAAGGUGAUUGGGCAAGUUUGAUGUGUGCUAUUUGUAUGUCGCAACCACCGGAAGCUCCGCCAAGUGCUUCGCCGGAGUUUAGGGAUUUCGUUUCGCGGUGUUUGCAGAGAGAUCCGUCGAGGAGAUGGACUGCUUUGAGGUUGCUUUCGCAUCCUCUUCUUACUCGAACGGUUUCUCCACCGUUGGGCUAACAAGUCUUCCCCACCGUUGGGCUAACAAGUCACCAGGGCCCAUUCUGUUUCUGUGGAGUUUUUGUUUUUUUGUUUUUUUAGAUUCAAUUAGUUAUUAGGAUAUUAGCUUAUAAUAUUAGAGUAUUUAAAAAUUAAUUUUAGGAUUAUUAUGAUGAUUAGAAAUAAUUUUAGGAGUAGAAUAUAUUAAGAAAUACUGUUAGAAUGAGAAAUAAUUUUAGGAUUAGUCUAAAUAGAUUUUAGAAGUUAAUUAGAAAUUUUAGUUGCUAAUAGAAGUUAUUAGAAACAUUAAUUUUAGGAUUAAUUGUGAAAAUAUUAAAAAUUGAUUUUAGAGUUAGUUAAUUAGAUUAUUAGAAUUAAAAUAAUUUUUAGAAAUAAUAGUUUUAGAACUUUAGAGUUAAUUAAAAAAUGUUAAAAAAAUAUUAAAAAGAAAUAUUCGAAAUAGUUUUAGAAUUAAAAAUCUUAGAAAUUAGAAAGAAGAUAAUUGGAAAUAUUAAGGUGAGUUUAGGACUUAAUUGAUUUUAAUUAGGAUUUUCGUAAAAAGAAAUUUAAUUCAAUAUUAAUCAUAAUUGUGAAAUGACGAUUCUACCCCUAGGCUUAGAAAUAGUUCAAUCUUGUAUGCUCCCUUAGUUUUAGGACUAGUCUAUAUUUUAGAAUUAAUUUCCGUUUGAUUCACUUUUAUUUCAUGCACUCCCCUGUACUUUACAUGUACCCCCCCUCCCCUUUCUCAUGUACGCAUUUACUCGCUUUCUUUUAUUGCUUGAUUAGAUACUCCUUAGGCAUUAGGAACGCUCAUCCAUUCACAAUCGAUAAUCAAACCCUUGAUCCAACGUCAAGCGGUCUCUUUUUCAAAUUAAACUCAAUAAACAAACCCUUGAUCCAACGUCAAACAGUCUUUUCCAAAUCAAAUUCAAAAACACAAUAAAUGGCGAUUAGGAUCGUACGUCACGAGCCUUAAGCGAUAAAGAAGGGAUGAGACUGGAGCUUUCCUACACUCAUUCUGAAUGCUUCGAACACAAGACGUUUGGCUUGAUCGUUUGAGGUAUUCACCUUUAUCCAUAGUCUUUAGUGCAAUCCGAAAUCAAUAACACUUUCUCAAAACCUAAAAACAAUCCAACUCAUUCAAACCUUUUGUUUGAGCCUUAGGGCGACACAAUCAAAAACCCUUCUUCAAGGUAAUAAAAUCAACAAAACAAACACAAACAAUUUCAAAACCACGAACUACGGACGCUCUGAUUUCUCACUUCAACAAGUGGGCAUACGUAGGCACGAGGAUCCAUUCCUUGGCGAGCACACUAAUUUAAAAUCUACCUCCA